AUGGCAUCAUCAGACACUCCAUCGCAGCCCCCAGCUAUCAACUACGUGGUUGGUUUCCUGCUGGUCGGGAUCGCCUGGGGGCUCACUACGCCCUUCAUUCGCCGUGCGGCCAGGGACCACAACCCGCCGGCUCACCCGCUUCUCGCAAGAGACGACGUGAAAGCAAGCUGGCUCAAGAGCAAACUGUACGGCGCGUUCUUCGCGGUGGUCGACCUCCUGCGGAAUCCGAGAUACGCCGUCCCGCUGUUGAUCAAUCUCACCGGCAGCGUGUGGUUCUUCCUGCUCAUCGGCCAGGCUGGUAAGGUCUUCUGCAACGGCGUGCUUCGGUUGCCCGUGGCUUACCUUUUAUGUUUAGAGCUGAGCUUGACUGUCCCGAUCGUGAACACGCUAGCUUUCCUAUUCACGGUGCUCGGCGACUGGUGGGUCGACAGGAAGGUCAUAAGCCGGAAUACAUGGAUAGGGAUGGCAUUGUCGCUGUGUGGCAUUGGAUUGUGCGUUCAGAGCAAGUCGGGCUGA